GAGAUCUCCUCAUUGGACCAUCGAUUGUGUUCCGAUAUACAACUCCGACGUACGGCGUGUUAUAUUCCAGGCCUUAAUUGCAAGAAAGACAUAACCUUUUACAACAUUACUCUGUUCAUUUUAAAUAUAAUUAAAGUGUGGAUAUAUUGAAAUUGUGCAUUUAAAAAAAAUACAAUUAAUGUAAAGCUUUGAAAAAAUUCUCCUCGAGAAAGGGAGAAUUUCAUUGAUAUUGUAGCGUAAAAAUUAGAAAACAGAUUAUCAAUGUUGCGCGAGACAAAACAUCGUCUAUUGAACUCUUUUACAGUCUAUUGGGUAAAGUUUCAGUUAGAUAAAAUAUAUAACGGUUUAAAUAGUUGCAAAACUAUGUCAAUGACAUCUUUAAUUAAAUCUGAUGUAAAUAUUACACGUGGUGAUAAAAGAUCCAUAUUAGAUAGUGACAAUGAAAAUGAAAUCAAAGUACAAAAGACAGAAGUAGGGGAAGUAGCAGUGGAAAGAAUCAAAAGAAAAAAUUACGUUAUUAUGCUGGGCUAUCUUGGUAAAAAUUAUUACGGAAUGCAAAGAAAUCCUGGUGUGAAAACUAUUGAAGAAGAUUUGGUCAAUGCUUUAUUAAAAGCAAAUUUGAUAACCACUGAACAUUUUGAAAAUUUACGUGCAAUCAAUUUUCAAAGAGCUGCGCGUACAGAUAAAGGAGUGUCAGCAAUUAGACAAAUUGUCUCGUUGAAGCUGCCAGAAAAUCCAGAUAAAACAAUAAUUAAUCAGUUCCUACCUGAUGUAAUCAGAGUAUUUGGAAUAAAAAGAGUGACAAAAGGUUUUAAUAGCAAGAACCAGUGUGACGCACGUACUUAUAGAUACAUCAUACCUUCUUUUGUAUUUGCAUUGGAAAAUCAGAAUUUGUUAAAAACUGAAGAAAUUGAUAUUGACGAGAGAGUCAAACAGUUAUCAACUAUUGAUGGAAAACCAUGUACUGACUAUAGAUUAUCUACAGAAUCUUUAAAUAGAUUAAACUCGAUUUUAAAACUUCUCGAAGGUACUCACAAUUUCCAUAAUUUUACAUCAAAAACGAGGCCAUUAGAUCCACGUGCACGUCGCUACAUCAUCAGUUUUCGUUGUGUAGACACUUUUGUUUCAAAGGAUGUAGAAUUUGUGAUAUUAGAAAUCAAAGGGCAAAGUUUUAUGCUACACCAAAUCCGUAAAAUGGUUGCGAUUGUAGUCGCAGUGGCGAGGAAUAUCAUACCUGAAGAAACAAUCAAUGAAGCCUUUAAAAUACGCAAAAUAGACAUACCGAUUGCACCAAGUUUAGGAUUAUGUUUGUGCCAUGUACAUUAUGAAUAUUAUGCUAAAAGGUAUGGAACGGAUGGUAUGCAUGAGACAUUAGACUGGAAGGAAUGCGAAGAGGAAGUAGAGAAAUUUCAAAAGGAAUAUAUUCUGCAGUACAUAAUAGACACUGAAAUUUCAGAAAAUACCUCAUUAAAAUGGGUAGCGACGCUUCCGGAAUAUGCAUUUUGUAACACGGAGCAACUUCCUGCGGAAAAUGAUGGAGAGGAAACCGUGGACAAUGACAUGUGAAUGUAUCAUAUAUCAAUCAUUUGGCUCUGCCUCUCUCUGUAGUAAAUACAUUUAUGAAAUGCAUCAAGUAAUUUUUA